CCGGAUUCCGUCGCCUUCGUCGCUCGCAUGUUUACCACCACAACGCGUGAGCAAAGGGUACUUUUAAGUGAUUUGGAAUGCCUCCAGUAGGAAAGAUGGGAGGUAAGGAGAAAAAGAAGGUCACAAGUGUGAAACGCAAAAACUCCAUUGGAAGGUCUGCAAAAGAUUUUGUCAGCCCAGAGAAGAAAGCCAGAAGUGAUAGCAAAACAUCAGUCAGGAAGGAAAAAUCUCCCAUAAAAGAGAAAACAACUGCUAAGAGUGUUUUGCCACAUAAGAAUCCUCAAACCUCUGACCAGGAGGUUGUGAAUGAGAGUAAAAAGUCACAGAAAAGAGCAAAGGUUGGUAAAGAUAGUCAAGCCAGUGCUGUCAGCGAAGUGAUGCCAGCAAAAAAGAAAAAUGAUCCCACCAAGGAACCACCCAAAACUGAUGUAGCGUCACCAGAUUCAGUAAGUCUCUUUCCGUUUCUUUUUUAUUUAUUUACUUGUUAUAUUUUAAUUCCAGGGAAUUUCUGUAUUCAGACUGAGGUGCAUUUGAAUAUUCUAGUGCUGAACCUACUUGUGACUUAUAAAGCUGUAUUACUCCUUAUUCAUGGCUUUUCUUGUACUGCUUGUGUUGGCAUUGUCUUUGGAGAAGCUCAGAUGAAUGAUAAGGUCAUCUGCAUAUGCCACUGCUUUUGGAAUUUGUUGGAGAGCAGUCAAAGAUUUUCAAAGAGAAAUCCAGCUUGUCCUCAAGAGACCCUUUGUGCAAGUGUUAGAGGAAAAAGUAAGAGUCUCUGCUUUCUCCUUGCUGCUGGUGGCCAUAGACCCAUCUUUGCUGCUGUUUCAGUCACUUCCGGUAGCUGGGAUGGUCUGGUAAGUGGCCUGAAGAGUUCGUGCUUAGCGCCGGAUGUGCAGCGGAGCCGUUGCGUCCUUUGGGCUCGCAACGCGAACACCACCUUCGAAGAAAAAAAACGCUCGACUGUUCCCAAAGACAUGUCUAGACAAGACCAGGGUGACUUAUUAAGAAACUACCAGAAGAGAAAGGCAGAAAGAAAUGCAAGAUGCUUCCGUGUCAUAAUACGUACUUCUGAGGAGGAUGAAGAGGACGAGGAAGUGGAAUUUGAAAAUGCUGUGUGUGUACGAAGUUUAAAUAAUGGAUUUUACUUUGUGAACUACAAAUCAGAAGAAAUGGCUGAAAAGAUGAAAGCGGUAUUAGAAGAGAGAGAUGAUGUAAUCGUUGUUAACCGAAUGCAGAAUAAAUUAAAUAAUGACAUUUGUAUAAACCCUUUUCGAUUGUUUAUGGAAAAUGUACCAGUGCAGACUACAUUUGAGGACUUACAGAAGGUGUUUAAAACAGCAUCAGAGGUUGUUUACAUGCCUAACAGAUGUUUGGCUCACAUGAUAUACAAAUCCAAGCAAGGCAAGAAGAUUUUCAGAGAGGCUGACAAUUUUUGA